UCUUCUCUAGGUCCGGGAAUAAAUCAACUCCUCUCUCGAGAGGAGGCGGCGGCGCAAUGACGUGACGGCGGAGGCGGCGCGCGGCGCGACCCAGAGGCGACGGCGAUGGCACGGCUCUCUCCCCUCCGGCCGCCACCUUCUCUUCCAAAGCUAAGGUUAGGGUUUUCUUCUCUUCUCCUUUUCCCAUCGUCGCCGCCAUCUCUCUUCUCGCCGUGCGGCUUUCUCUCUCGUGAGCACAGCACGUCGCGGUCUCCGCGCUUCCCUCCUCCCCUUCCUUCCUUCGGCUGGGCCCGGGCAGGUGUGUGAGCGCUCAGCUCCGUACCGGCGAUUCGUCGUCCUCCUCGUAUCCUGCUUGAUCUGGUGAGUUCUUGGUUGGGUGGGGAUGGGUGCUCUGCUCGAUCGAUCCCGUGUGUUCUUCUCGUAAAGAUUCGUGCGCGUAGAGUUAUUCAGCCGCUCGUAUACUUUUGGUGCUCGUAGGUUCUUCUCCUCCAUGGAUAAAAGAGGUUUGUGUUAGUGCCUUUGGUAUCUGCUGUGUAUACUGUGAUAGCUGUAGUAUUGUGUUUGAGUCCAAGUAUUGGUAGCAGUGUCCGGAUAGGUGUCAAAUUGGUUGGUGUUUUUGGAGAUUUUAAGAUGUUCCUCGCUAAAACAAUGAAACUGGGGAAGAUUUGUUUCUUGGCUCAUACAGGGGAUAUUUGCAUGCUGAAGUCCGGUCAAACGACCAAAUUUGCUUCUUCCCUUUUAUUGCAUUGAUCCAAGUGUGACUGCAGUUUUGUUCACAAGAAAUCCAAGCGUGCCUGAUCUAAGUUCCUGUUUAAGUCUGGUAAUAUGUACGGAUUUUAACUUGAUGUUCUUGUUUUGUUUUGAGAUAUUGUGCAGAAAAAUGGAAGUUUCAUAACAGUAUUUACGAUGAGAUGGGGAACACUGUAGCUGGGCGACUGAAGCUCAUGGUGGCAUUAGUGCUAUAGCUUAAACACUUGCAUCGUUUUGUAAUUUAGUUCUUAGUUAAUUAAUCAAUUAUUAGUUCAGCAUUGUGCAAAUAGCUAGCAGGCAAAAAGGAUGGUUUGGACACAGACGGCAAAAAGGACUGUUUAUUGCUCGGUCUUGUUUGUAAAUUGUGAUCAAGAUGCCAGCUAAUCGGUGCAAGUUGCCGGAGUUGAUUAGCUAUAGAUAUGCAUCAGAUUUCAUUGCAUUAUUUUCCGUUAGUCUAUAUUUUUUCGCUUCCAUUUUUCGGCGCCGCUUGGAGCCUGGACGUAUAAUCAAUUUCUAAUAUUCUCUUAUUGAUCUAAAUGGGCCUAAAUGUACAUGGUUCAAGUAGGAAAAGGAAAAAGUACACCCAAUGUCCCUCAACUUGUCGUCGGGAUAAAAAACAUCCUCGAACCGCAAAACCAGAUAUACGGAGUCCCUUAACUAUACAAAACCGGUCACCCGAGGUCCUUCGGUGGUUUUGACAACGGUUUUGGUCUAUGUGACGGCUAAGUCAGUGUGGGACCCACGUAGGCCCCACAUGUCAGUUGGCCACGUCAUCACCUUCUCACUUCCUCAGAGUUCCUCUCCCUUUCUCCUCUCUAUCUCUCUCUCUCUCACACACACACACACUCUUCUCUGGGCGGCGUCGGCAGGCGAGAGCAGGGCGGCAUCGGUGGGAGAGAGCGGUGGCGGAGCGGCGGCGGCGACGAGCGAGCGCGGCUGCGGAUGGGGAGAGGCGGCGCCGACGACUCCGUGCCGGUCUUGUCAUCGUUUGCGGCUCCGGGCGCGAGGGAGGAGGGCGCGGGCCUUGUCGUCGGUGUUGGCGGCGGCGGUGGUGGGUAGGGGGCGGCUCCUCCGGCUGCGACGGCGCGGGAGAGGCCGGCGGCGAGGGCGUAUGAGGGGAAAGGCGCCGUCCGCGGUUUGCUGCUGCUUCCCCUUCGCCGUCCUCGCGGCCGUCUGCGUCCCCGCUGCGCUCUGCGUCCCCGACAACGGGGUGCGCCAAGAUAGAGGGCGCGGUGAAGAGCAUGUACGCCGCGGGCGAGAGUGGUGCGGCGUCUGCGGGUGAGCUAUGGCGGAGCGGCGGCGACAGUGGGCGAGCGUGGCUGCGGAUGGGGAGAGCCGGCGCCGACGACUCCAUGGUGGCCAGAGCAGGCGAAGCGGCGGCGGCGGUGGGCGAGCACAGCUGCGGAGAGGUGGCGUCGGCGGGAGAGAGCUGUGCGGCGUCGACGGGAGAGCUGUGGCGGAGCGGCGGCGGCGGCGUGCGAGCGCGGCUGCGGAUGGGGAGAGCCGGGGCCGACGACUCCGUGCCGCUCAGCCUUGUCAUCGUCGACGACUCCACGCCGCUCGGCCUUGUCGUCGUCGACGACUCCGCACCGCUCGCCGAAAACACCUCACCCGCCGCCAACCACGACCGCGAGGCCAGCCCAGCCCCGCGUGAGCGCCGCAUGCACAACCACCUGCAGUUGGCCUCCCGCCGGUUCGCAGCCUGCGUCAUCCCUUCCCCAUGCCGCCUCCACCUCCACCUGGCCGGAAUCCUACGGAACCCGCCACCACCGCCCUUGCCUCGGCCCGGGCCAUCGUCGCACCAGGUCGGGCGCUGCCGCGUGGCUGCCUCCUUCCCUCGGAUGCCAACCGCCCGCCCACAUCGCCUCCUUCCGGCGCCUCCUUACUCGACUACUCCACCCCGCCGCCCUCCGCCGUCGCUUUGCCGGUUGCCAUCCCAUGGCCGCGCCCCUCGCCGCACCUCGCUCUGUCACGCUCGGGCUCGCGCGCAUGAAGAAGAAAAGGGGAUCGGGGAGUGUGAGAAGAGGGAAAAGAGAUACUGACAUGUGGGGCCCAUGUGGGUCCCACGCUGACUCAGCCGCCACGUAGACCAAAACCGGAAUCAAAACCGCCGAAGGACCUCGGGUGACUGGUUUUAUAUAGUUAAGGGACCAUGUAUAUCUGGUUUUGCGGUUUAAGGACGUUUUUUAAUCCCGAUAACAAGUUGAGGGACCUUCGGUGUACUUUUUCCAGUAGGAAAACGUUGUCAUUUGGGCGGGGUUUUUAACUAUUUGCCACUCUUACGAAUGGUGCUUAAUGAUUUGCCACUAGGCCCACAUGUCAUAGACACAUGAGGGCAUACAUGUCAUUGAUAGAGUGUGGCAAAUCAUUAAUUGCCAUGUCAUAAGAGUGUCAAAUAGUUAAAUUUCCCCAUUUGGGCUCUUGCGAUCCAUAGCUAGGCGCCUAAGGCCCAGGCCCAUAGCAUAGAGUUUCUGAUGCUAAGCAAGUCUAAUCAUGGAUUGUUUCCCUUGCUAAACCGGGUUUUAAGGGACUGUUCAGAUUAUAGCCAAAAUAAACCUUACCAAGUUUUAUUAAUGUUAAAAUUUUAGCAAUAUUGCUAUCUUGCUAAAAAUUUUAGCAAUAUUACUAUCUUGCUAAAAUUUUAGCAGGAUUUCUUAUGUAUUGAUCAAAUUUGACAACAAACUAAACGUUGAUAUAUAUAUAUAUAUAUAUUUUUGACAACUUUGCUAAAAAUUGGUAUGGUUAAAAAUGACAUCAAAGUGAACAAGCCCUAAGAUAGGGAUUAGAAACAGGCAAGGGAUUCAAACCCCACAGGGAUUUGGUGAUAUGGGAGGGAUUCACUCAACUCCCCCGAUAGGUUUCCCUUGGGGAUUAAUUCUCAAGCAAACAAACAAGCC